AUGCACUUGAAUGGCGCGGUGGCAUCGCAACAGCAGCAGCUGGAAGCUGGUGAUGAACCGAGGGCUUCUGCAGCUAAUUCACUUGAUGACGAGUGUACGAGGUUUAAAGUCAGACAUUCAGUUCCAAAGUUAACGUGUCAGCACCUUACAUAG